AUGGCCAGGCCAAUUAAGAAUUUGACCGUUGACGCAUCCUCCCGUCCAGAAAAAGCUACUCCCCAUCAAAUUACUUCAAGCUGUAGCCAAAUGGAACGUGACACCACUCCCCAACCAAACCAGUUGGUGGGGGAAGAGAAGAAACCAAUUCCAGAUAUCACCCUCCGCCCACUCGAGCUCUCGGAUGUGGAAGAUCUCAUGAAAUGGAAAUCUGACGACCGAGUGAUGCGCUUCACCACAAGACAAGCAUGCACCACCAAAGACGAGGCCUUGGAUUGCAUCGAGAGCUUCAUCAUGCCACACCCUUGGUUCCGUGCCAUCUGCAUCGAGGACCGGCCGGUGGGCUCGCUCGCCUUCAGGCCGGCACCCGGCGACGAGAAGCACAGAGCCUGGCUUGGUUAUAGCUUGGCCUAUGAUUACUGGGGACGGGGAAUAACUACGGCAGCCGUGAAGAAGGCGGUGGCCGCGAUUUUCAAGGAGUGGCCGCAUUUGGAGAGG